ACUGUAUUUCUGUGUCUUUAUUUAGUCCUUCCUGUUAUCUGGCCAGCGAAGCGGCGCUCUGCAUGGAGGACGGAGGGAGGGUGGAAGGGUGAGCUGUCAGUAGGACUGGUGGACAGGUUGGUCUGUUUCUUUACCCUGCCAAGUCUUCUGUCCAUCAGUGUGACAGAGCUGCGUGCAUUUUGUGGAUUUAUCUCUGUUUAAGACUGUGAGUGACACCUGGGAAGGCGAGGGGAAACCUGAGAGAGAGGAGGCAGGAGGCUGCGCAAACCCCCUCCUCACCUCGCCUCUCACCCCCUCCAUCUAUCCAUCCAUCCUGUGUGUGCGUGUGUAGAUGACCUCUGCUCUUCUGUAAAGUUAACUGCUCAGCAUCAUGAACAAAAUGAAGAACUUUAAGAGGCGUUUCUCUCUGUCAGUUCCUCGCACUGAGACCAUUGAGGAAAAUGAGUUCACUGAGCAGAUCAACCAGCUCAACAUACGGCACACUCAGGGCCUGACUCCAGACAGACUGGGUCCUCCAUCUCAUGAUGUCAGCCCGGUGACUCCUGAACCAACCACUCCAGGAGCUCAGUCUCCAUCCCACCUCCACUACCACAGCAAGGCCCAGCACAGACGCUUCUCCAUGGAGGACGUUAGUAAGCGCAUGUCCCUGCCAAUGGACAUCCGCCUGCCUCCAGAGUUUCUGAAGAAGUUACAGAUGGAGAGUGAAAACUCACCGCUCUGCAAACCUCUCAGUCGCAUGUCUCGACGUGCCUCACUGUCUGACAUAGGCUUUGGGAAACUGGAAACAUAUGUGAAGCUUGGCAAACUGGGUGAGGGGACAUAUGCUACAGUUUUUAAAGGGCGGAGCAAACUCACUGAAAACCUGGUUGCACUGAAGGAGAUCCGGCUGGAACAUGACGAGGGGGCACCUUGCACUGCUAUCAGAGAAGUGUCUCUGCUUAAGAACCUGAAACACGCUAACAUUGUCACCCUGCAUGACAUCAUCCACACCGACCGCUGCCUCACUCUGGUGUUUGAGUAUCUUGACAGCGACCUUAAACAGUACUUGGACAACUGUGGGAACCUCAUGAGCAUGCAUAAUGUCAAGAUCUUCAUGUUCCAGCUGCUGCGUGGUCUGUCCUACUGUCACAAGAGGAAAAUCCUCCACAGAGACCUAAAGCCGCAGAACCUGCUCAUCAAUGACAAGGGCGAGCUGAAAUUAGCUGACUUUGGUUUGGCCAGGGCCAAGUCUGUCCCCACUAAGACCUAUUCCAACGAGGUGGUAACGCUUUGGUAUCGACCUCCUGACGUGCUGCUCGGCUCUACAGAAUACUCCACACCCAUCGACAUGUGGGGUGUGGGCUGCAUCCAGCAUGAGAUGGUAACAGGUCGUCCCAUGUUUCCCGGUGCCACCGUAAAGGAAGAGCUACAUCUUAUUUUUAGGCUCAUGGGCACUCCGACAGAAGAGACUUGGCCUGGUAUCAGCAGUAAUGAGGAAUUUAUGUCGUACGUCUUUCCUCAGUACAGGCCUCAGCCUCUCAUCAACCAUGUGCCCCGGUUGGACACAGAAGGGAUUGACCUGCUGUCUGCUCUGCUGCUGUACGACACCAGGAGCAGAAUCUCCUCGGAAGCUGCUCUACGUCACCCCUACUUCCUGAGUCUGGGAGACAACAUUCACAAUUUGGCAGACACUGCUUCAGUGUUUUCUCUCAGAGAGGUGCAGCUCCAGAAGGACCCAGGACACCGCAGCUCAGUGUUCCAGCCUUUAGGUCGAGGAAAGAACCGAAGACAAAGCAUCUUCUAGAGGUCAUGGCGAGGAAGGAGAGAGAUGCACACAGCGAGGAACUGCCUUUUCAGAUCACAGCACCAAGGCCAUCACAGUUCAACACAUUCACAGCACGCUCAUCUGCACGGACACACACGCAACUCACACACUCACUCAUUUCCAUGGCAGCUGACCAUGGAGGCACACAGAGUUUCUGGAGACAAACUUGGAUUGCACUUGAAAUACCUUCUUUAUCCAUACACACACAUACAUAUU